AUGUUUCGGGCUACUGUUUUUGAUAAAUUAUUGGAUAAAGCUACGAGUAAUUUGCGCCUAGAUCCAGACUGGCCAUCUAUUUUACAAAUUUGUGAUUUAAUAAGACAGAAUGAUUGUUCACCAAAAUAUGCAGUAGCUGCUGUUAAAAAGAAAUUGUAUUCACCGAACCCACAUCAGGCUAUGUUUGCAUUGCUUACUCUGGAAAGCAUUGUAAAAAACUGUGGUUCUGGAGUACAUGAUGAAGUUGCAUCAAAGGUUUUCUGUGAAAUGCUCCGAGACCUAGUCAAAACCACACAACACGAAAACUUGAAAAAUAAAAUACUCGAAUUGAUACAAGCUUGGGCUUUUGCUUUCCGUAACAGUCCUAAAUAUAGAGCUGUACAGGAUACAGUGAAUAUUUUAAAGGCUGAAGGACAUAAAUUUCCACCUUUAAAAGAAUCUGAUGCAAUGUUCUCUGCUGAUACAGCCCCUGAAUGGGCAGAUGGCGAAGUCUGUCACAGAUGUCGUGUUGCAUUCUCAUUGAUGGUCCGCCGACACCAUUGUCGUGCCUGUGGUCAAGUGUUCUGCCAGCAGUGCAGUUCAAAAACAUCAACAUUGCCAAAAUUUGGUAUUGAAAAAGAGGUGCGUGUAUGUGAUGCCUGUUUCGAUAAAGUUAGCCGCCCACCAUCUUCUACAGCAAAAAUUGAAAUUGUGGAUACUUCAAGUGACUAUGGCCCUGCCCAACCUCAGGUAGGAUGUUUGUAG